GGAAAAAAAAACUGCCGGUUUCCGUUGACCACGUUACGUCCUCUUCCCGUUUCCGUUCUCCUCCUCUUCCCGCGCUCCUUCCCCUCUUCGCGAGUACCAAUCCCGGCGCGAGAUCACCUCCGAUCUGCAUUCCCUUCGCAGGAUUCGUCGCAAGCAAGACAAGGCCAUUCUGAAUCGGACGGGGGACUUGUCGCCAUCUCCCCCUUCGUUUCAUUUCGGUUCUUCAAAUGUUUUUGAAUCGCCUAUUGAUGCCUAAAGGAGAUUUUGUCGAUUCCUCCUCGUUCUUCUUCAUUUGAAUCGGUUUGUUAAGGUUGAAUGCACAUCAUUGUCGCAAGAUCCAAUUUUUAUGUGGUCUUGUUUCGAAGCUGCAGCAGAGGUAGGGAUUUGAUCGACCUAGGGCGUGGGGUUUUGUUUUUUCUGGAAUCCCACGAGAAGUUCGAUCCAAUGCUGAAGAGGCAUUACUGGGAAUAUUGAUUCUUGAAUCAAGAUGGGGAAUGCGUGUAUUGGGCCGAGCCUAUCGAAAAAUGGAUUCUUCCAAUCAUUAUCCGCUACUCUAUGGCGUAGCCGAGCAAAUCAGGACGCUCUUCCAGCUUCUGAUAGCAAACCCUCCGGCGAGGGUUCCUCGAUCUCGCCCUCGCCAAUUACAGAACGCACCGAAGCGCCCCAACCGCUUAAGAUCCAUGAAGAUGAGCCGAAGCCUGUAAAGGUCCGGGAAGUGGAAGCCAAGCGGGCACCUAGCAGAUCGUCAACGGACCGACCCAAGAGGCCCACCCAUGUCAAGAGAGUUUCCAGUGUCGCAGGGCUUCAGGCAGAAUUCGUAUUGAAGCGCCAAACUGAAAAUUUGAAGGAUCUUUACUGCUUAGGUAGGAAGCUCGGACAGGGACAAUUUGGUACUACAUAUCUCUGCGUAGAGAAGACAACUGGUAAGGAGUUUGCUUGCAAGUCCAUUUUGAAGAGAAAGUUGACGACGGACGAGGAUGUGGAGGAUGUAAGGAGAGAAAUCCAGAUAAUGCAUCAUUUGGCCGGCCAUCCAAACGUCAUUUCCAUCAAGGAGGCUUAUGAAGACGCAGUGGCUGUUCAUGUUGUCAUGGAGCUGUGUGCUGGGGGAGAGCUGUUUGACAGGAUCAUUCAGAAGGGGCAUUACACAGAAAGAAAGGCAGCAGAGCUCGCAAGAGUCAUCCUAGGUGUUGUAGAAGCUUGUCAUUCAAUGGGAGUCAUGCAUCGCGAUUUGAAGCCGGAAAAUUUUCUUUUUGUCAACCAAAUGGAGGAUUCACCUCUUAAGACCAUUGAUUUUGGAUUAUCCAUUUUCUUCCGACCAGGAGAGAUAUUCACGGAUGUGGUUGGUAGUCCUUAUUAUGUUGCUCCUGAAGUCCUAAAAAAGCGUUAUGGUCCUGAGGCCGAUAUUUGGAGUGCUGGGGUUAUCAUUUAUAUUCUUCUUAGUGGUGUUCCACCAUUUUGGGCUGAAACUGAGCAAGGUAUAUUUGAAGAGGUUUUACAUGGCUCUCUUGAUUUUCAGUCAGACCCAUGGCCUAGCAUCUCUGAAAGUGCCAAAGAUCUUGUAAGACGAAUGCUUAUUAGGGACCCCAAGAGGCGAUUGAAUGUCCAUGAUGUUUUGCGUCAUCCAUGGGUUCAGAUAGACGGAGUGGCUCCUGAUAAGCCUCUGGACUCUGCUGUCUUAUCUCGGCUGAAGCAAUUCUCUGCAAUGAACAAGCUGAAAAAGAUAGCUAUAAGAGUAAUUGCUGAACAACUUUCAGAGGAUGAAAUUGCUGGCCUAAAGCAAAUGUUUAAGAUGAUAGACACAGACAAUAGUGGACAAAUAUCAUUUGAAGAACUCAAGGCUGGUUUAGAAAGAGUUGGUACUAAUCUAAAGGAAUCGGAAAUUUAUGCACUUAUGCAGGCUGCAGAUGUUGAUAAUAGUGGGACUAUUGACUAUGGCGAGUUUGUUGCUGCUACUUUGCAUCUAAAUAAGAUAGAGAGGGAGGAUCACUUGUUUGCUGCCUUCUCAUAUUUUGACAAAGAUGGGAGUGGCUAUAUAACUCAAGAUGAAUUGCAACAAGCAUGUGAAGAGUUUGGUAUCAAAGAUGUGAAGCUAGAGGAUAUGAUCAGAGAAGUUGAUCAAGAUAAUGAUGGACGCAUAGAUUACAAUGAAUUUGUCGCAAUGAUGCAUAAAGGAGAUGCUGGAUUUGGCAAGAAAGGGAUACAGGCUAGUUUCAGUAUUGCUUUCCGAGCACAUUAAAUAUUAGCUAACAAGGUAGUUUUGGAUUAUGUCACUCACACUUGGGUACGAGUGCCCAAAUACUUCGUCCCAUGUAUUCGAUACAAUUACUCCUAAAGAUAUUUACAUACGAUCAAUAGGAAAGUCAAUUAUUCACUUGGAGUUUCAGCAUUCUAAGUGUUUGUAUCCAAAAUGGGGAAAUAUGAAGAGUCUAGAUACAGAGGACUCUGGAUGCUAAAGUUCUUAUUCCUUUUGUAAUUAUCAUCCACAGAGUUUAGGAACUGAGUCCCUAUGUUGUUGUAUCUUAAGGGUGCAAAAUAGUUUGGAUUUCAUUACGAUUUACA